AUGAGGAAGAAAAAAUUCCUGUUGGCCAACCAAUCAGCACUACCGAAAAAGAAGCUGAUCCUUUUGUUGAGCUUGAUUAUAGACCCAGAAAGACCUUCCCAAAUGGCUUCUAUGAAGGACAGUGGAACAAAUAAGACUGAUCAAUUUCAUGGGAAAGGAAAAUUCAAGUUCAACUGUGGAGAUUGCUAUGAAGGUGACUGGGUUGAUGGAAUCAUGGAAGGCAAAGGAACUUAUAUUUAUGCUGAUGGAGCUCAGUACGAGGGAGAAUGGCUAAAUGGUCUAAAGCAUGGAAGUGGAAAAUAUACAUGGAAAGACGGAGGAACCUAUGAAGGAGACUGGAAAGUUGGUAAACAAAACGGAAAGGGAAAGCACAUGACCACCGAUGGCAAUGUCUAUGAAGGAUACUUCGAAGACAAUCUGAAGAACGGCUUAGGAACUUUGACUUACGAAAAUGGAGAUGAGUACAAAGGACUCUGGGUAAAAGGAGAGAAGAAAGAAGGAGAUGGAACCUAUACGAAGAAAAAUGAAGAAGCCAUUGAUCAAGCCCCGAAUCAUGAUGAAUCGAACGAAGAGCAAGGUGAAUCGGACAAAGAGAAUAGCGACAGUGAAACCCAACCUCCUUCCUAG